CCUAUUACAUUUGGAUAAUGAAAUGAUACCAACCAAGUCCUCCUAUAAGUAUUUUGAACUAUAGGGAGAUCAGUUACCUUGAUGCUAGGUUCAGUGGACAAACCUAAGUAAAGUAGAACUGGAUCAGGAAAGUGAACAAAACAGAACAGGGGAAGUAGGCACUUAAGCAGACUGCAGAUUAGAUACCUCCUUGGCUAUACUGAGUAGGCAGGCCUUUUAAUGGCUUUUAGCAACGCCCCUGCGUUGACCCUCCUCAUAUGUGAGGAAAAUCAAAUCAAUACACUGUUCUUCAAAUCACGAUGCAGCAGCAGCAGCAGCAGGGUAUCGCAGCAGUCUUCAUCUCUUCUUAAAUUUCUCAGUGCUUUUCCAUUCGAUGGUCUCUGGAUUUCUAAACCUCACACUCCAGAGAUGGCUAACAGAGGACCGAGCUACGGUUUAAGCCGAGAAGUGCAGGAAAAGAUUGAACAGAAAUAUGACCUGGAAUUAGAGAACAAGCUAGUGGACUGGAUUAUUGUACAGAGUGGUGAAAAGAUAGAGCAUCCACCUCCUGGAAGGCAAAAUUUUCAGAAAUGGCUAAUGGAUGGAACACUGUUGUGCAAGUUAAUAAACAGUUUACAUCCAAAGGGAAAAGAACCCAUUCCAAAGAUCUCUGAAUCAAAAAUGGCUUUCAAGCAGAUGGAACAAAUUUCUCAGUUCUUAAAAGCUGCUGAAAUCUAUGGAGUAAGAACAACAGAUAUUUUCCAGACAGUGGAUUUAUGGGAAGGGAAGGACAUGGCUGCCGUGCAGAGAACCCUAAUGUCGUUAGGCAGCUUGGCUGUGACCAAGGACGAUGGAUGUUACAGAGGGGAUCCCUCCUGGUUUCACAGGAAAGCACAGCAGAAUCGGCGAGGGUUUUCGGAAGAGCAGCUUCGUCGGGGACAGAGUGUCAUAGGCCUUCAGAUGGGUAGCAACAAAGGCGCAUCACAGUCCGGCAUGACAGGCUAUGGGAUGCCGAGGCAGAUUAUGUAAAUGUUGGCUGUUUGUCGAGAACACACAUUCAAUAGCAUGAUCUGAUUACAAACACAUAGCUAGCUCCCUUUCAGCCUAAAACAUGGUUUUUAAUAGUUUGCCCUUUUUAGGAUUUUUUUUUCUUUCAGCUGCAACUUUUUGACUAAGAACAUGGAUGUGUUUUGCGUGCCAGUUCACCCUGUGCACUGCUGCCCCCUACUGUUCACUUCUGAACUAUGCAAAGACUCUGGUUUUCUGUAUUUAUUUACUUGCGAAUUGUUACCUUUGGCAUUUGUGUCUUACAAAACUCAAUCUUGUAUCUCAACAAGUAACCUCAUCCUUCAGAUCAGUGACAAUAUUGUUUGAUCUUCUAAAAAUAAAGACAUUUUAAAAAAUC